GCCUUCUUUUUGUGUUUGUGUUUUUUUCUGCCUUUCUGUCCCUUUACUUAUUUUGCAUUUCCAAGCCUGAUCUCUUUGAAACAGUGUGCGCAUUAAAAUAAAUAAAUAAAUAAAUAAAUAAAUAAAGACCUGUAAUACUGUUAGUUUUCUUCAGGCACCUUUCCAGUGCAUUUAAUAUAACUGAAGGGCACGGAGUUUCCUUGGAUAAGGCAGGCAGACCGGAUCCUGGACACCACUCCUGGGCUCAGCUGUACAGCUCGUGGGCCCUCUUUGGCUCCCAUUCUGCUUUCAACACAGCAGCAAAAGCUGAGCAAAGGUUUUCUUCAUCACCUAUGGGCCCAUCCUGGUUUAGAGUGGAUUGCCAAAAUAACAGAGCAUAUGAAAGGUGCCAACACUCUCUUCUCAGAUGACCUCUGCAGUCCUUUGACACUUAAGAAGGCAGCAUGAUCUGAUCUCAGGCAAUCUCUACUACAACAGAUCCCCGGCAAUGUCUGUGUUACUGCCUCUAGGCUGGCUCAGCGUCUCCAGCGGGGAAUUUGUAGCACCCAGCCGCUGGCGUCUUCUCCUGGCGGAAGCUCAACCAUUUGAAGAGAAGGGGAGGGAAAAAAAAAUCCCAAUCAGGACGCUUGCACAUGCUGUUCUCUGCUUGCUCGCCUGGGUGUUCUGCUGAAGGACUGGGACAUCUGCAGAGGAGGGGGAGCGGCGGCGGCUGGAGCGUGCCCUGGUCAGGGCUGGAGUUCCUCCAGCGCCGGGGGCUGUGAGUGCGCUCAGCCGGGGGGCGAGCAGCGGGGCCGGGAUCGCGCUACCCGGAGCGUACGCAGACAGACGUGAUUCAAAUUCAAGCCUAAUGGCCUCUGGCAUAAACAACAUUCAUCAGCCCGGGACUUGCAAUGGAUCUAAAGCCGCUCGUAGCAGCUCGGCAGAGGAAUGCAGUCGGGAAAUGCACGUGAAAAUGUGCAAGAAGAUUGCCCAGCUCACUAAGGUGAUAUAUGCCCUGAACACUAAGAAUGAUGAACAUGAGGACAGUAUAGAGGCUUUGAGAGAGGCUCAUGAAGAAGAAAUUCGGAAUAUUCUUGCUGAGACAAGAGAAACUAUUCUCCAGUGUAAAAGCAAAGCUGAAGAAGAGCAGUUACUGAGAAAGCAUAUUCAGGCCCUUGAAAUUGCAGUAGCACAACACAAGAGAUUGAAGGAAGAAGCCUUAGCAGAGUUAAUAUUGUGUAAAAAGCAAGCAGAAGAGAAGGAGUCAAGAACAGAAGAGAAACAAGCACAGACGGGUCUUUCUACAGACACAGUAGACACCACUGCAGACUUUGAAAACAAACUUCCACAUUUAAAUCAGGAGUUUGAUGGACUGCUAAAUGAAUGCAAAGCAUUUAGAGGAGAAAAUCUAGAUAAAAAAGUAAAUUUAGAUGAAAAAUAUAGUGUGGAAAGGCACACUGUAAUGAAUGAGAUAGAAAACCUGAAGAGUGAGAACCAGAAAACAUAUGAAGAAUAUACUCAGAAAACAAGAAAACUGCAAGCCCCAUGUGAGAUACAAAAAGAGACUUUGAAAAUAGCUAUGCAGCAAUCUGUGAUAGAAGCAAACUGUGAACAAGGAGAAACAGAGCAAAAGAAGAGCUCAGAGGCUGAGGAAGGUUUUUUGCUGCAGCAGGUAAAGAAGCUGGAGGCAGACCUAGAGGAGAAAAGCCAGAAGAUAAAUGAGAGGAAGAAGCAUUCCCAGAAGCUGAAGGAGCGGAUACAGGAGCUCCAGACACAGCUAGAUGAAUUUAAAAGAAAAUCCGAGUGUGAACUAAAGCAACUAGAGAAAGAGAAAGAAGUUCUAACUGGGAAACUUCAAAACUCUUCACUUGAGGUGGCUCAGCUGAAGCAAAUAUUAGAACAACAAGCAAAUAAUUUCAAGGAGUCACUGAAGAAACAUAAUCUACAGUCCAACAAAGAAAAAGAGAAACUUUUGCAGGACCUUCAAAACACCAUUAAAGAAAACCAAAAUGUUAAACUGCAGUUGGAGGCAUCACAUCAAAAAGUCUUAAAAAUGUUGGAGAAAAGCAAGAAUCAGGAACUCAAGGAGACAGAAGAACGUUUGAAAAAGGAAUUUAAUGAGACUUUGAAGAUCCAACAUCAGUCUCAUAGGCUGGAAAUACAAACCUUGGAAGAGAAAGCAAAGAAAGAAUUGCAUGAUGAACUUGAGCAGAUACAAAAGCAGCAAACCCUGUUGCUAGGAUCUCUAAGGAUGGAACUCUCCGAGCAACAGACAUCAUGCACAAACCUAAAGAAACAAAUAGAAGAACUACAAAUGGAGCUGAGGAGUGUGAGGACACUGAAGAAGCAACAGGAAGGAAGUAGCCAAAGCCAGAUCAGAUCUCUUCACGAUGAACUGGAAAAAUGUCAGAGUGAAAUUUCUGAACUCAAGAGAGAGAAUUUACUUUUGAAGGACACAAUGGAGCUGCUCAGUGCUGAGUUGGAGUCACAGAAGCAAGAAGCUGCACAGCUUCAGGACAGAGAUAAACAGCAUAGAAGGUUUGCCUUGAAUUCACACUUGAGAGUGCUAUCUAGAGGUUCAAUAAUAAUGCCAGAGCUACUGGUAGAAGACCUCAAUAUCAAGCAUAAAAAAGAACUGGACGUACUGAAAGGAGAUCACCGGAAGGAAAUUGAAAACAUAGUAUCUGAUUUCAGCAGCACUCAGGCACAUCUCCAAGCAAAGAUUUUCUCCUUAGAAACUGCACUUAAAGAAUUAGAAGAAAAGUCAAGAAAGUGGGAGUCCAGGCCUGAAGAUACACACCUUAUAAACUGUCUGCAAGACAAAUUAAGUGAGAGAGAAGAGAUUAUCAAGCAGCUGGUGCUUCCAACAGAUGCGCGUUUUCAUACACAUGACUUUGUUUCCCUUCAGGAAGGAAGAAAAUGUCAGCAUUCAUUUUCAGCCAACACUGAGUCUUACAGGAAUCGGUCAUUUUCUUUCAACCCUAAUACAGCAUGCCUGACUCCCUCCAUGAAGCAGAAGAAAAAGAUUGAGGUGCCCAGUCGUGUUGUCAGUGUUCCGAAUUUAGCUUCCUACGCAAAGAGCUUUUUGAGCUGUGACUUGAGAUCAAAAAGAAGUGCUCCUCAAAUAAUAAAAUCUACAAGCUUAGACCGGAGUUCUGGCUGCCUCAGGGUGGGCUCUCCAUCAACACAGUCCUCAGACAGCAGUGCUGCCACAAGGACACAUGGCAAUGAACCACCACAAACCAAAGAUGACCAAAAACAAGACCCUCAGCAUCAAGAAUGGUUUACUAAGUAUUUUUCAUUUUAAAGCAAACUAUUUCCAUACUUCUCAGAAUUACUAUAAAAGUAAUUCCCGUUUUCUUUUUAGGAAUGAUAAUCCAAUAGAUGAUUUAAGGGAAGAAAAAAAGUAAUUUCUAAGUUAGGAAAUACCUGCACUCUCUUACAUCUAGUAACUAUGGAGUUACAGGCAUUAAUUUCAGGAAAAUGCAUUUUUUAACAACUUCUGUAAAAAAUGAAGGAAAAGUUUGGAUACAGCUAUGUGAAAGGACUUUUUAAUGAAGAGACUAUCACUCCACAAAUUCAUUAAAUAUGGGAUUUGGACUCUGAUAUGUUCUGUCAAUUUGGCACCAGCUGAAAAAAUAUCUUCCUUCUAUACAUUUAUAUGCUUGCUUCAUCAGCUCUUUAAAGUAAGUUCUGCAUAUAAUAAUGUAAUUUUAAAAGUUUUUAAUGCUUUUUGUUAGAUUAAUUUUAAGCUGUACAGCAUGUAGUACACCUUCAAAAAUAGCAUGUUUAUAGCAGAAAUAAUUUCUGGUUUGCUUCAUGAACUGUUUUGUAUAUCAGCUAUUUGCUAUGUAAUAUUCCUGUUGAAUUUCAAUGUAUGUAUCAGCCUGAUAAAUUGGGAUGAUGUGUAAGUAUGAACAUUAAAGCUUGUAAAUCAUCCAAUUUCUGUGUUUUUCAAGACUUCUAUGUUAAUGCUGAAGUAAGUCAGACUUGUACACUGAGUUCCAGUGAUGACAACUGCACCCUUGUACCUUUUAACUCCAUACUAAUUUUAUGCCCAUAUACAAGCAAAGUGGGGGAAUGACUACAUUCAUCAGGUCGUGCUAAUUCAUUGCUGGUAGGAAAGAACCCAUGAAGAAGUUGACUCUUGGGUAAUUAACCCAUUAAGUGUAAAAGGCAGGAAAAUGUGCAACCAGCAGCCUGCUAUUUAACACAGGACAGUUCCUCUUCAAUUGCUUUGAAUCCCCAUUUCAUUUCAACCAACAGGGCCCAGCUACCUAAAAAAAUGUUAUACAUGCAAAGAGGUGUACAUCCAGCCUAGCCUCUUAUCACAUCCAACAGCCAGCAAGAGCUGCACCAACAGAUCACUGGCACUCACUUCAGACAAAACAGCCACUGCAUCUCAAUGGUGGUGCAAAGGUGGGAGGAAGGGAAGAACAUUUCUACAUACCAACACUUUUCAUCCCAGUUAUCUAGUAUUUUUUUUCCAAGAGGAACUGCUUGGUUGGAAAAGUGACUUUGGCAGUAGAUUUGGCAAAAAAGGCAUUUUUCAUACUUGUAAUCAAGAAAGAUUAGUGUACAGAAACCCUGAUGGGUACCUUGGCAUCUGUGAGGAUGGAAAUGUACAGCACUGUUUUCAUUACUUUUCCACACUGCCCCAAUGACAAUAGAAAUUUCAACACACAAUUAGCAAUUCUUAUUUCCAGGGUUACAACAAUUAAUUAUUCAACUCUGCCCCCAAAAAAGUAUAUCUUGAAAAGUGGAUGAAUUAAAUUUGCUGCUUCGUAAUACACAGAAAGGACUCUUACUUCCAAAAGCUUUUUGGCUACAUUUAACUCACUAAAUAGAGCACUGCAAUAGAAGGUAGUUCUGUAUACUGGUCAGUGGUGGUGAUCCUACCUCCACAAUGAGUGCUCUGUAUUUUGGAGUAGGUAUUUUGAAACACCUCUUUAGCCUGAGAGUCAGAACAUCAGUAAUAUGAGGCCUGCAUUACAUAUCCCACUCUUUUUUAUGUGUUUUUCCAUUUCAGUUCAUCCUAUAAGAACCAAAUUUGAAUAUCCCAAGACACCUUUCAUGAGGUGAGCCAGUAUGAUGGGAGAGUGAUGAUUCAUUUCAAAAAAAAGUGAUCUGACCUACAUACAGACAAUUCUAAGAGUGUUUCUGCAGUGGUAUUCAUUAAUAAUUACUGGAUCACAAAACAUUUAAACAUUCCAGAAAAAUCAAACACUAAUCUUUGCAAAUAUUUUGAUCAUACCAAAAAGAGACAAGAGA